AUGUCUGAUUCCUCUAGCUCUGAAUCAUGCAACCCUAACAGGGAAGAUCCUGUUGCUGACUCUGCGAAUACCUCACAUGCAAGAAGACCUAAAGAAAUUGUAUCAGGCUUCUCCUCAGCAAUCGCGCUUGAUGAACAAACCAGAGAAGGUUCCAGGUAUGUUCACAAUGCCAUUGCAACUAUGGUGACUGGAAUAUUGUUUGUCUCUUUAGGAAAGAAUGUCUCUGAUGAUGCUGAGCAAACUGAUGCUCAUAAGGGGUCAAAUAUUGACAAACCCUUAGAUAAUGUGGGUGGUGAGGAAGUCCGUGUCACUCAUGAUGUCAGUGACAACCCUAACUGUGAAACAGUAGACCUGGAGGAAUUUUCUGAUAAUGAGUUGUUGUCCUCAGUUGCCCCUAGCAUAGCCAAAAGGGUUAGGACUAGGAGAGAAAAGAAAACAGUGGCUCAAAGGUCCCCCAGAAAGAAGAUUGAUGUGUCAACCUCUCCCAAUCCAAAGGUGGCAGAGAGUUCCCUUAAGAGGAAAGGUCAUGGUCCAACAAAAUCUUGGAGCAAAGGGGUGCCCAAGAAAAAGAAGACCAAGUCUGUUGUUGUUGAGUCCGACUCAGAUGUUCCAUGUGAUGUCCCUGACACUGUGGAAAUAUGUUUAUCAGAAGAGGCUGGCUUUGGAGAGGGAAUUGGCUCAGAAUGUAAGGAGAUUAUGGACCUUAUUCAAGAGGCAGGUUUAAUGAAGACUGUGACUCAGUUCUCAAAGUGCUAUGAGAUGUUAGUAAAGGAAUUUAUUGUCAAUGUGUCUGAAGAAUAUGCUGAUGGAAAGUCUAAGGAAUUCAGAAAAGUGUAUGUGCGAGGCAAGUGUGUACAUUUCUCUCCCUCAGUGAUCAACAUGUAUUUGGGAAGGCCUGAUGUAGCUCAACCUGAACUUGAGGUGACUGACAAUAAAAUUUGUCAAGUCAUCACUGCUAAUCAAGUAAGGAAGUGGCCUCUCAAAGGUAAGUUGGUGGCCAUCAAACUGAGUGUCAAGUAUGCAAUGCUGCACAAAAUUGGAGCUGCUAACUGGGUGCCCACCAAUCAUAAAUCUACAGUUGCUGUAAUGCUUGGAAAGAUCAUAUAUGCUGUUGGAACCAAAGCCAAUUUUGACUAUGGAUCCUAUAUUUUUGAUCAAACUUUGAAGCAUGCAGGAAGCUUCAGUGUGAAGGGGCCUAUAGCCUUUCCCUCCCUCAUCUGUGGUAUUGUGUUGAAUCAAUUUCCAAACAUAUUAACAGAGAAUGAUUCUGUGAAGAGAAGAGAUAGCCCUUUGUCCUUCAAUCAUAAACUGUUCCUAGGUACGCAUGUUCCUGACAUUUCCAUGGCAACAUGUGAGACAUCAAGUGUAUGCAAUCCACCAGGUAAAGCUGUUGUCAUUGCAAUGCUCAAAGAAACGUGCAAGUAG